AUGAUACUGGAGUCGACCUCAAGAUUCCCAGUGAAACGGUGGUCAGUCUUAUGUGAAGGCGGAGGUCAGUGCGAUGAGGGAUGGGAUCAAUUUGGUGAUAAAUGUUUUAAGUACCACAAUGACAUGGUUGGUGCUAAUUUCCACGACGCUAUGACUGUCUGCGAGUACUUCUAUGGCGCCACUCUUGUCACCAUUCAUUCGGUCCAAGAGUUUGAUUUCAUUAACAAAAUGGUUUUCGAGGAAAAACACGCCAAACAUGGGGUUUGGAUCGGUUUGAUCCGUGUCUCCAAUGAAUCGUUUGUCUGGUUUGACAGAAGUCCUCUUAAUUACACCAAUUGGGGUCCUAAUGAGCCAAACAACUUGUUUUCAAAGAACUACUGCACUGUACUGGGUGAUGCGACAGCCGUUAGGGGCAAGUGGUAUGACGUGGGCUGUACCUCAACCUAUCUGGUCCUAUGCCAGAAAUAUCUGCACCACAAUACAGACAAUAAGGGCAUCAACCAAACAUCUAACGGCAUAUCAAUUGCUGAUCAAAUUAAUAUGAUGUUAGGCGAUGAGGAAAUGAAUACCACACAACCCCUGAGGGGAGAAGUUGUGGUUCACAUUCAGAUACUGAUAUUCAUCCACUUCUGGAGACAACACUUCCACUCGAAGAGCACAAGUCAUGCGAUAUGUGUUGAGACAGUGGUUGGGAUGUCAUCGGCAGCGAUGGUGAACACGGAAGACACGGACAAAAGGCAAUCGGAUGGCUCUCUGGAGCGGUCAUCGCCGGACCAGUUGGUGGAGUGGGACGAAGAGACGGGUGAAUACGAAGUGGACACCGAUGUGAGCGUCAGACCCAUCCGUUUCGCUCAACAGGAUCUCACCGAUAUGGCCACCGACAAGGGCUUCGAGUUCGAGACGGCCGAUGAGGUGACGGAAGCGGAAAAGGAUGAGUUGGACGCCCGACACCACUACUGGACCAGAGAGCAGAUGAUGUCCUACUUGGAAGUGAGCCCCAAACCCGUGGAAGACCUGUGCGAACAGCCGGAUCUCUACGACGAGCGCAUCAAAUGCAUGGAACCGCUGGUGAAGGACGGCGUGUACAAGAAGCUGGUGCGCAGGGGGGCCGGGGAUGUGGUGACUGUGGACAGCGCCGUACUCUAUAACCUGAACGCCUUCCUCGAGGGCACGGACGAGCCGUUCGACUCGACAUGGCUCAGGGGUCGCCCGAACUUACACCGGCUCUCCUACGACACCAUACUUCCCGGCAUUUGCGCGGCGCUGAUGUCGAUGCGAAGGGGCGAGCGCUCGGAGUUUAUGGUACGCCCGCACAUGGCGUACCUCGAGAUGGGUUGCCCGCCGAGGAUACCGGAGAACGCGACCAUUCUGUACAUCAUUGAAGUGAUCAAAGUGUUCGAAGAGGGAACGUUAGCCCACUUGGAGACCCUGUCGUUCGAGGAGAGGGCCAACAUACCGUUCCCGGAGACACUGGCGCUGUGCGAUGCGGAACGCAAGUCUGCCAGCGGUUUCUUCGUGGAUAAGCGCUACAGAGAGGCUGCGUUCAGAUACCGGCGCGCUAUCAGGUGUCUGGAAGGCAUGACAUGGAAGUCGAUGGAGGAUAAGGGUAAGGCGGAUGAGCUGCUGCUGAAACUGUACGUCAAUAUCGCCAACACGUACAACAAGUUCCAGAAGCCCUUCAACGCGAUGUCGAACUGCAAGAAGGCGUUGGCCAUCGACGCCAAGUGUGUGAAAGCCCUCUAUCAGUACGGUUUGGCCAAAAUGGCGAACGCCGACUACUCGGACGCGGAACGGUAUCUCAAGCAGGCGUUGCACUUGAAGCCCAACAAUCGCGAAAUAAAGGAGGCGCUCGUAAGACUGGAUCAGCGCAUGAAUGGCGAGAGAAAGCUGAAGGACGAGCUCUACCGCCGAAUGGGAUCCAUGUUUGACAAGAAGUAG